UCCCAAGGGCCCAGAAUACUUGAUUACUGUCCAUGUUGAGCACACCUGCAGUUACAGAUCCAUAGUAGCAAGCCACCUGCUGCCUGCCUCUACCUGACCAGGUACACCCGGAUUGCUUCCCUUGUCAUGUGGCGUCUCCACUGGUGGUUGCCAAGCUCACAUCCUCCAGUCAAGCAAUCCCUUCAGAGAAAGGACCUGAGUAACCAGUCCCAGGACAUUGAGGGUCUGCUGACACACAGAGCCCUCUAAAACCAGAGUCUUCAGAUCCAUCUUUUCUCAAAGGGUUUAGUUUCAACUCAAGGUGUUCCAAAACGAACCGGAAGACAAGAAGGCUUACAAGAGGAGAUCUGCUUCGCAGAAAGGAGAUGGACCACAUGUCUCCUAGGCUGAGAGCCUUCCUCUCUGAACCCAUUGGGGAGAAGGAUGUUGCCUGGGUGGAUGGAAUCAGCCGUGAGCUUGCCAUCAAUUUGGUCACCAAAGGUUUCAACAAGGCCUACAUCCUGCUGGGACAGUUCCUUCUCAUGCACAAGAACGAAGCAGAGUUCCAGAGGUGGCUCAUCUGCUGUUGCGGUGCCACAGAGCAUGAAGCCCGCCAGAGCUCCACCUGCCUGAAGGAGUGGUGUGCCUGCUUCCUGUAAACACCUGGCCCAGCCACUCUAUCCCAGAUACAAGAUACAGCCACCACCUA